AUGAGCUGCGACGAUGGCGCAUCCUUAGGUGCUGCUAGCGAUAGUGCUAGCGAAGACGACCUUUCUUCGACAGAUCUCAGCGUAGGAGACCGUGGUGCGAAAGAAUUGGGGGACGUCGACUUGAGUCCUCCCGAAUUGGGCGAUGCGCCUCCGUUGCUGAGCGGGUAUAGCCAAACGUAUGUUGUCCGGAAGCAGGACCCUCAGAGGGACCACGGAAGGAAUCGACAGGUAAUGUUUCGGUGCGGCAAUUGGUGCUACACUGGAGAGGUAAGUUUUGCGGGGCUCGGUGACGGAGAAGUCAUUACACUCAAGGACAUCCCGCGCGCGGUACCGAUGUUGCAGCGGCAGCAAGAUCGGCUGAAGUUCUUCUGUUGUGCCGACAGGGUGCCGGUGGAUUCCGUCUACCGACAACCCGUAGUAAUCCUCGCGGAGGUGCAAGAAUUCGUCGCUCAAGAGUUGGCAUCUUCGAGAACAACCCAAGAGCUUACCAAGUGGAGUGGCGCAUUUCACUGGAUUAACGACGAUUCGUCCUGCUCGACAUACUUCGAGCUACAAGCCGAGCUUCCUGCUUGCAUGGACGAGAUUGCGUUGGUAGCGUGCAAGACGUACGCUCGCGGGCUGGUGUUCAUCACUGUCUACCAGGAGGGGUCAUUUUACGUCGUCAUGCAGGAAGGCGAGGGUGACCAGGCACUCUUGGAUAUCCGAUUCCCGGAUGUCUCCUCGCAUGGGCAAGGGCUGCACCUCAUGUCUUACGACGACCUCCGACGCCCGUGGCGGAAAUUGACCCUCUGGCACGCCAUUAAACCUUCCGCUGCGACCCAGGCAAUGGAGGCAGCGGAGGCGGCAGCUAACGGAAGCUCCCGGUCUUUGGGGAGGCCACCGACAACCAAUCUCACUUCCACAACCUACUUGCAGACGUACGUGAUCAUGAAGCCUACGGGAACGGAAGAAUUCGGCACCAACAACGCUUACCGCGACGUCCUGUUCAGGUUUGGGAGCUGGUGCUACAGUGGAACUGUGCAGCUGACUCCUACCCUGGCGCUCAUGGACAUCCCCCACGUCAUCCCGGCCUUGCGCAUGCAGCAGAGCAAAUUGGAUUUCAUGUGUGACGUCGCACAACUAUCGCCGAUUCUGCUGCGCUUGAACUUCCUCUCUGAGGGGUUGCAGGUUCCAUCCAAGUCCCCUUUCGCGGCCCCGUUGGAGCACAUGCAGCGAUUGAUGCCUCUCAUGGAGGAGCAAGUCGCCUCCUCCGAAGAAGUGCUGACCGAUUUGUUGGAUAAGCUCUCGGACAUGGGGCUGGAGGACAGCGUGUCGUCAUGGUUCGACGGCGACAGUAUGCAAAGCUUUUUCGAGUUCCAGACGGCAGCGACAACAGCCACAAAGGAGGAGUUCCGAGGGGUAGAUCUGGUCGCUAGUAAGUCUUACUCCGCUCAGGGCGUGGUAACGAUCGGGAUCUGGUUUGAGGACUCCUACUACAUCGUGCUCGGCGAGGGGGGCGAGGAGCAGCCAUUGCUCGAUUCCAGAUUUCCGAACGUUUCAGCGAAAGGACGGGGCUACCAGAUUCGCGCCAUGACAAAGGGACCGGAGGGGUGGGAGGAGCUCAGGAAGGUGUCCGUGUGGCAGACCACGGCGGCGUUGCAGCAGGAAAUGGAAGCAAAGAUGAUCAAGGCCGGAGAAAAAGAAAGCGCGGAGACGCGGGCGGGGGGGAGUGAGCUAGAUGGGGGGCAGCAAGAGGGCGAGGAACAUGCCAAGGCGACCAGCACGAUGAUGAUCGAGGGGGGCGCCGCAAGUGCUGCCAACGAGCAGGGGGGAUCAAGGGGCGCUGGAUGGGCGGGCGGUGACCGAGCAGACCCCGCGAUCGGAGGGAGUGGUGGUGGGUUUCCGGGAGGUACGACCGGCGGGGGUAGCGCACAGGCUCAACCGAAGCAUUCGGGGGCGGGCGACCGCGGGGGGGUGGGGAGAGGGAUCGGGGCGGUUGGGGCAGAUGGGAACAAUCACGAUGAUAGGCCGAGCAGAGGAGGUGGAGUUCACGAGUUGAAGAGGCCAUGGGAAACAGGCGCGAUUCGCGGGCGUACCAACGACAACCUAACUGUUUCAGCUGAGCAAUUGAAGCGUCGAGACAAGCAACGAGCCGCUUCAUCGACGGAGAUAUUUUAG